AUGUCUGGACGAGGUAAAGGAAAAUCCGGCAAGAAGGCCACGAGCCGAUCCGCCAAGGCGGGCUUGCAAUUCCCGGUCGGCCGGGUCGCGCGCUACCUGAAGGCUGGCAAGUACGCGACGCGCGUCGGCGCCGGUGCGCCGGUGUACUUGGCGGCUGUCAUGGAAUACUUGUGCGCCGAAGUGCUCGAACUCGCGGGUAACGCCGCGCGCGACAACAAGAAGUCGCGCGUCGUGCCGCGCCACAUCCAACUCGCGAUCCGCAACGACGAAGAGCUCUCCAAGCUCCUCGGCACCGUCACGAUCGCGGCGGGUGGUGUUUUGCCGAACAUCCACUCCGUUUUGUUGCCGAAGAAGUCCAAGAAGUCUGGCUCGGCGUCCCAAGAAUACUAA